CUUUGAUAAAGCAUUGAUUAUUCCUGUCUAUAGAGAGGUUAGAGAGAGUGAGUAUGGAACGCAGGGGUUGCACUUGGAAGAAAUCAAUUCAAUAAAGUCAUUAGUGUCUCAUUACUUGGAGCCAACAUGACAUACUGGCAAUGAUGGGUUCAGAUUACAUAACAUUUUACUUUUAACUGAGGCUGCAUGAAAAUCUUUGGCUUAGUAGAGGUUUUAAGGGUUUGUACAAACCCUUCUUUUCUGUUCUGCUUUGCAUAGGUUCUCACUGCUUGAGAUUCACUUUGAGUUUUAGGUUCAAACAAGCCUCAGAAGUCAAAGCAACUCUCAGCUCAAGCCACUGCUCUAAAGCUGAACUGAUUGCUGAGAAAACUCAGGCCCAAGGUUUGCCCAAGGUUCUUCAAAUCUUGAUUGCAGGAUAGAGAUUUGGGGUUUGGGACUGAACCUGAAACUAAAGAUAUCAAAGUUGCAGACAGAGCUAUUUUUAACUUAGAGAACAAAUGACAGAACUAUGGUUUAGUUACAGUCUAAAAAUGUUUGCAAAUUCUUUGGGACAGAAAGCAGGGCUACCUUAGAGACUAACCAUUUCAAAGAGGCAUUAGCUUUUUAACAGCCUACUUUGUCAGAGGCUCUGUGACAGGGACCAUCUUCUUUCCAUGAAUAAUGCAAGGAGGCCCUGAAUUCUGGCUGGGGUCUUUAGGCACUAUUGCAAUGUGAGUCAUAAUAAUAACGAAGUUGUUUCACUUGAAUCAAAUAAAGAGAAAGAUGUAUGCAUAUUCAUGCAUUUCACAUACGAGUGCAAUGGAGAUGCUCAAAAUGUACAUUUCUUUUUAGCUGACAGGAAAACGUAUCUUCUUUUUUCUUUUAAAAGAAGCUCAGAUAUGUUGAAAGCAGCAGACUCUGCUAGGUACACAGGUAUCUUGAGAGAGAGAUCAGGAGGGGUAGGCUGAUGAGUUAUUAUUGUGUACAGGUAUUUUGAUGCAGAGGUAUUUGUCAGGGACUGAGUGCAUUAAUCUGGACACAAGAGAGAUAGCUAGCUACACCAAUGGGGUCAAGAUUAGGCUGGGGAAACUAGUUUAGUCAAGACUACUCCAGUCCAGCACUUACUGUUUGGCUGUUUAAUGAUGCUGGGUCCGGCUUCUAUCCCUGUCUCCCAACCCAUUAUUUUGAAUGAUGCUCUGUAACUCCAGGUCUUAGCCAGGAGAAUCCUGUAUCAUGAUCCUAUAGGAAAUAUUCCAACUUGAAUAGAGGCAGGAUGUACUGUAAAUCUCAAGAGAAACCCUGUUCUAACGAGUCAAAUAUGCAGACCCCAAGUAUUGUCUAGCCUGUGUUCAAACCAAUCCUGCAUGGCUAUUUGAAAGCAAAACUUCUCAAGCAUUCUCACAGCAGGCAGCACAUCUUAAACGGGGAGUAUGUCACCUGGACAACUCCACUCCCACUUGCUACCAGGUGGGCCAUCCCCUGUGCCAUUUGCUUAACACUUUGGUGUUCAAUUUUAUUGUGCAGUUCAGCAGUUGGAAAUAAGUGAGAGACUCAGCCUGCAGUCACUGCUAACCCUUAAACUCUAUGUUGGGAACCAUUUUUAAAACGUAGAGCAAUAUUUUGACAAAUUCAUGUCAAAUUUCACACUAAAGCCCAAGUGCCAGGCCCAGGCUUUGGGAGUUUAUAUGUGUUGUAUACGUAAGCACCCCAGAUGAGCAAUAAAGAUCACAGUCCUCUACCCUACUGUCAGGCUUCAGCAUCUUGGUUUGAGAAACUCCCAGUAACUAGAGACCGAGCUCUUCUCUCAUCACUGUGCAGGGCAUUUUGCAUUUCUCAGUUAGAUAACAAGGCAGAGUUUGCUGCAAGUCGGAGUUGCCAUGUUCAGCAGCCUUUAAUUCCUUUUGAAACCAUUGUCACACUAGGCCAGCAUGUAAAAUUACAUGCUCCCACCUGUCCCAGAGGCUGGGAAGCUAACCAUAGCUGGAUGCAAAUACUCUCCUUUGGGUGGGGAAAUAUAAGCUACAGGCUCCAUUUGCCAGUGGUGUUAUUUGUGACUUGUGAUUAAAAUCAUGGCCUCAUGUCUGGCCAACCCACAUUCCCCCUGGGGCAGAUGAUAGCUUCUUUCCAGCAGAAUCUGGCUGCUGAACUGCGAUGUCGAAAGUUUUCAAAUUCAAUCAUUGCCACCGUUGUGUUGAUUAAUUGUGAUACGUUUUGUUUCUCAAUGGUGCAGCAGCAAUAAAGGACUCAGGGCAGGUGUAAUAUGAGCUUCAGUUCACUUCAGAUUCCAACAUUCUUUAUAAAUUAUUCAAGACAAGGAAAAGCUCCCCUUUUCUUUCUUUUGUUUGUUCACUAUUAAGUAGAAGAUCAAAGGAAACAUUGGCUUAUGCUGCCCUUUGGCUCUGUGCACACAAACAUCAAACCUCCAUGGCCAACACCUUUGCCAAUGUUUGCUGUAAGAAGAAAGCACCUAAGCCAAAAGAUUACGUAUCUACUUAAGUCAGAGAUGUUUCUAUGUACUUGCAAAUACCAUUGAUUUCACUGCUCAGUUGAUUGGAUGAUGCUGAGGUGGUUAACUUGAGCCAUCCAAGUAUGAAAGCUUGGAUCUCAACGCACAUUAGUAAUGCAUGAUAAUGAAGAGGCAAGUUGCCUAUGAUCAUUAACUGCACCUGGUACAGCAGCCUGGGAGGUGAGACAAACCAGGGCUGCCCAACUGGCAAGCCACAGGCUGACUCUGGCCCAGGAGGCAUUAUUAUGCUGACCCCAGGCUCCUGCCUGGCUACCACCCCUCUCGGGCCUGUGACCAAUGCUCAGAAGUUGGACGGCCAAUAAAGCACAAGGUUGCAAUAGCAACUUCCUUCCAAAGAAACAGCUCCUUUAACUUCACCAACUUGAGGGCAGGCAGUUCCUUGCUUCAGCCACGUAUAAGUAAUGCCUGAAAGUCCUGACUCUCUGUGACAUUUCCAAGCCGUGGCUGCACCUUCUUUUCUGCUCUUUAUUGGAGUUGUUUGAGGUUAUGCUGCACCUUUAAGGCAUCUUCUUUUGUGGGGGCAGUGAAGCGCACAAAUUGCCUCCUGAGGUGUAGGGAGAGCACCGAAGCUUUGCCUCCUUUUCCCUGAGGUCAGGAGACCACUUUCCCCUCUGUGCUGGCUUGUGAAGAAAAAGGUGUAGCCUAUAUGACUUUGCUAUUGCUGUUGCUUUUUGUGUGUGAGGUGCUGGCCUGUGCGGUGGUGGUCACUGGUAUAAAACCCUACGACUGACUUGUAGUUGUGCGGCCUCAUCUCUCCUGUUUCAUUUUAGGAGAGGCUGAUGUGCCUUGCAUUAGAAGGCCAACUAGUGCUCAGGUCUUCAUUUUCUCCAAGCAUCAAGUUUGUCAUUGCAAAUGGGAGAGGGGCUCCUUGUGUCUGCCGUUCCUCCACAGAAGGGGUAGGCACCAUAACUUCCCUAGCUACUUCCAAGCGUUUGUACUUGAAUUAUGCUGGUGUUUCAUAGGCUGCUGUGCUUGAUUGUUAAUUAUACUGUACCAGUGCAUAGGAGGCCCCUUACUGUGCUCGGGUCCAUACAAAUGAGAGAUACAAUGAUGAUACGUAGCUCAGAAAGCUCAUAGAUUGGUGCUUUGACUAGGAAAGUGAGUGUGCUCCCCUUCUGGGUAUGCUUAAAAGCAUCUUUCCCCACUAGUCUUCGAGGGGGUCUUAACUGAAGGGUCUGGUGGUUGACAGCUGAUUUAAGUGGGGUCUCCCCAGACUGAGUAGAGCAGCCUUAGUUAAAAGAUACCAGCUGGAAAGUUUGGUUCCCUGUCCCCAGUCUCCCCUAAAAUUGAAUGAACUAAAGUUUUGCCCAUGAGAAGCCUAGUGGGAUGGUUCUAACUGUGAAGAGCUGCUGGAUGGUACCAGAAAAAGAUGAAAUGUCGGAAAACAAGCACCUUCAUGCUCUGUAGACUACUCAUUGGUGGAGAAAUGUUAUUCUGUAGCUCCUCUGGGGUCAAAGUAAAAGUGCUGCAGACCUUACCUUAAUGAACCUGAGAUGCUUCUGCAUUUACUUGAAAUCUCCAUGUUUGCUAGGUGCCUUUUAAGAUCUAUGCUCUAGGGUCUUCAUUACCAAAAGAAAUAGCUAGGAGACGUUGUUGAACUCCCUACAAUGGACCAAAUUCAGACUCCGGAAGGGAGUGCAGCUGCAUUUGCAAAAUUUCACUGAAAUCAAUUUGAAGCUGGUUGGAAAUUCAGUGGCAUGGGACACAGUAAAACAUUGGGCACUGACAGACGUACCUUGGCUGUGCUGUAACUCAUGGCACUUUAUACCAAGCUGGCCAGGCUUGCAGGCGGGAGGGGGAGGGCAAUGGAUGGAGCAGCACCAAGCUGCUGGCUGGGGUUUGAUGCCUGGCUACAGCUGGAGGGUUUGGGGGGUGGAAUGGAGCAGCCCCCCCAACUGGGGUAUCCUAGCUGGGGUAUCGGGGGGAGCCAGGCUGGGCUUGUGGGAUGAGGGACGGGACCUCCAUUCCACCCCCACCUCCAGCUCAGGCUGGGCAAGUGGACAGCUCUUGCUGCUCCUUUCCCCCUCUCUCCUUUGCCCAGCCUGAGCUGGAACAGAGCCCCCUCACCUUGCAGGCCCAACCUGGCUCCCCCCCAGUACCCCAGCCAGGGGUUGCAAGGCGGUGGUGGGGCUCUAGUCCACCCCCACCACCACCACCUCCAGCUCCAGCUCCAGCCAGGCAGCAAACCCCAGCCAGCAGCUCUGCGCUGCUCCACCUCCCUGCCUGCAACAGGAAAGCCCAGCCCGCAACGUGUAAAAAAUUAGCUCUUGAGGGAACAUAAGUUCCCUAAGAUGCUGUAAAGCAGAGUGCCUUCAUCUAAUACCUCAUUUGAGGGAGGGUUGAUUUUUUGCGCCAUCAUCUAUUUAAAAAGCACUCUGCAGCCAUGCACAUUUGUCAUGGCCCAGCUGUAGAGCACUUUCAGAGGCCCAAUUGCACGAAAAAUGUAACUUGUGUAAGUGCCCAUUAAUUGUAUCACACAGGAGACAUCUACUCAUUGCAUCACCCUUUCUACAUGUAUCAGGAAGCACAAUCCACUACCUGCAUAUCAGUCAGACAGCAAGAAGGGUUACCUGAGGACAGCAUAGAGAUUUCAGUAUGUGUCUGUCUGAAAGUAGGACCUCAAACGUGGCCAGUCAAAAGGAAUACACCAUGAAUUAAAUCCUGUAGCUCCAUGUUGAGCUGUGUGUGUUUUGAAGGAUGUUGGAAGGGAAAGAAAGAAAACCCAAAGCAGGGAAAGCACAGUGACAUUGCUUAGAGGUUUAUUGUGGAAAUUAUAAGCUAUUUAUGGAAUGACCACUGUCCUUUAGGGCACAAGAGGGUGCUAUAUCCUUAAAAAGCUGAUUGUACCCACUAUGUUAAUAGCAUUUUGUCUAUAUGAUAGAAAUAAAGUACCCAGCCAGUGAUUGUGCCUUUGUGUCUCAUUAGACAGAUGAUUCUGCUUCAUUUCUUCCCUGUUCUACCAGGAGUGUCUGAAACGUUUUGGAAGUUUUAAAAUAUUUACAAUGACUGAAAUUUCAAAAGGAGGAGAAAGACUUUCUAUACUGAGAGGGAGAGAAGAGAUGCACAAAUCAGCCAAAGCCACAGGAAGAGCUGAGCAGUGUAGCAGAACAGACAGACACAGAAAUGUCAGACAGAAAAGCAGGUCAAGAGGAAACUGGCUCAAAUGGAGAAUAAUACAGGAAAGGCUGUAGACUACAGCAGGGAGGCAGGUGGCGGUGGGACAUGCUACAAUUGGUUUUGGGCAGCUGAGGGGCAGUGUUGUUGUGUGCAAUCAUGCCUUUCUUCUGCACAUAGCUUUGUUUGGCUGUCAGCUCUUCGGGGCCUGUAUUCGACAUCAUUGCACCACACCUGGCACCGUCCUGACUGCAGCCGCUUGGCUCCUACCUUCCUGUCUAUGACAUUUCAGACAUAAAACGUGCCUCGAGGCACUUUGCAGAAACUCCACAGCAUGUGUCAGGAGUGCAAACUAUCACACUAGGGGCAUUUGUACCUGCUCACAGCACUCUCCUUGCAAGGUAAAGGAUACUCAUGAUUUACUCUACAGGAGAGGAAUCCUUUCAGGGUAAGGGGCUGUGGUUAGAGCCCAGGGAUUGGGGGCAGAUUUGAGUUCUCUUGUUGCCUCUAUUAGUAACAUGGCCAGGGACCUCUGGCAAGGCAGGAUUUAAAUCCCUUCUCCGUCUGUUUCCUACACAUAACAAUACUCAGCUCUCUCUGAAUAUAAAGUAUUAUGACCCCAAUUCUGGGUCUUUGGAACAAGGGACCGGAAGGGAACUCCUGUGCCAUCAAGUCUGUUCUCCCAGACCUCCAGGAAAUGAUGCAGAAUUGUAGUCAUAAGUUAAAGGCACUAUUAAUAGAGGGCAUUCUCAAGGUAUUCUUGAAUUCCCACUUGCCCUGCCUUUUUUACCUGAAGCAGAUAGGAUAGCAGCUUCUGAUUCAACUUUUGGCUAAAUAGUGAGAGGUGCUAAGUAUCUGCAGCUCCUAACAGGAACAUGCCCCAGUAGUGAGUGUCUGCAGGACUGGGCUGUUAAAGGUUAACAGCCUUUAAUUCUGCAUGAGGAAUAUCAGUGGUAGCUCCUUUGUGUGGCUGAUGGAUGGAUGGAUUCCAGACCAGAAGGGGCUCUUUAUGUAACACGGCUUCCGCAGCCAGCUUUCCCUUUGCUUAUUCAUUUGUUGAUGAGUAAGGACAGGGGAGCUGUCUUAAACCUCUCCUAUCCUCAGACAGCUGAACCCACUAUAGCCCUGGUGGAGGCCAGAACAGCUCUGAGGGAUGCUAUAACUGUGACUCUACUGCCUGCUUUAGGCUAUUAUGCUCCCAGAGGAUAGUGACUGGUGUUAGAAAGCCCUGGCUAUGCUAUUCUCUGUCUCUCCUUCCUGCCCCCAGCAUGCUGCUAGAGCCAGGGGCAAUGCGUGGGUUGGCACAGAUCUGCCUACACUGGCUCUCUACUUAUCCCCCUUGCCUGGGAGGGCACAGGUUUGCAGCUGCAUUGUCACUCCGUUCACACAGGCUCCCCUAGCUUAGAGCAUCUGCACGGCAAAAAUUAAUUCCCCCUCAGCUCCCUCCCUCCUCUAGGCUCUCAUCUCCCUCCUCCUCUGUGCCCUACUAUCGCAGCAGCGAGUGAAGUGAAACACGCUUCUCUUGGAAGUUUGUGCAAAGGUAUAAUCCAUCUGUUAUCCCAGGCACCAAAAGCCAAAGCAAAACUACCAUGCAACAUUGUUGAGCCCAGCUGGUCAGGAUUUCCCCGUCUUUCUUAACGGUGAUGUGAAAAUGCAGGACUCUCAGUAUAAAAUAGCACACCACAAGAGGCCAUCCAUUAGGGAGAAGGCUUUCUUUUCAUAAAAUGAAGGGUAUGGAACAAGGCGCACAGGCUGAGAUGCUAGAUUUAGCUCUGAACACGUGCCAAGUAAGGACCGAUUUAGAGGGAAGGACACAUUUGCACCCUGUCUUGGGUAACCAUGACUGUGAUCAUAUAUAUGGAUUUAGGUCAUUUGUUGCUAGCUUCCUUUGGAGUUUGAGGAAAGUGUCUCAGAGGUAUUUAGGCAUCCAGUUCCUGUUGCUCUCACUGGAGUUGUGCUAUUUAUGCCUUUAGCCCCGCAGGGCUGUCCAGGCCACAAAUCUGUGUGCUGCAAGGAUGUGCCCAAUGGGGCAUGAUGAAAUGAAUAGCUCGGCUCCCUACAGCAGGAGCAGGCUAGCUCCCUCCCCCUGCCUGCCCACCUUUUGGGGGCUGACCACUCAGAAGGAGGAACGCACCAUGCUGUGGGAGGAAAUAAAACACCUGACAGCAUCAGGGCAUAUUACCUGAAUGGCUACUUAAACAUAAACUGUUGCUGGCAGAGCUGCAGGGGAGCUCCAAUCACUCUGUGCCUUUGCUGCCAAUUCCAGCAAAAGACAGGCUCUUUGCUUUUUUAACCUGCAACAUCAAAAAAAAAGAACAAAGGAGUCUGUAAAAGGCCGUGUAUUUGCCCAGUCCUUCCUCUGUCCCCUGUGCUCUACACUAUUUCAAUUCCCUGACAGUGUAAAUCCUCACACUUACCUCCCUCCCUCUCUCCCUCCAUCCCACUCUCCCUCCCCCCCCGCACGAGUCUGCUGCUAUCUGAUCUAUGAUGAUAUGUGAUCUCUUGGAUACAACCACACACACAAGUACCAGGCACUGCUACUCAGCUGAGCAAAAUGUCUUUCUCCUAGCAGUGGUGCUCAUCAUCAUAGAUUUCAAAUCCUUGACGAUGUGGCCAUGCUGUCCCUUUUUCCUUCUGCCACCUUCUCUCUUUGUCUGCCUGCUCUUCUUACCCUUGGGGCACUUCUGCCCUCCUGUGUGUAGCUGUAUGGACUACCACACUAUCGACUGCAGAGAUCAAGGACUCCCCAGGGUCCCUAGCCCAUUUCCCCUGGAUGUACGGAAACUUCUCAUAGCGGAUAACAACAUUCAGGAUAUACCAUCUGAUUUCUUUAUCUUUUAUGGAGAUCUGGUCUACUUGGACUUCAGCAAUAAUUCCAUCACCUCCAUAGAAGAUGGGACUUUCAGCAGCUCCACAAAGCUGGUUUUUUUAGAUUUAAGCUACAAUAAUUUAACACAGCUCGAUGCUGGGAUAUUCAGGUCAGCAGAAAAGCUGAUCAAAUUAAGCCUGGGGAACAAUAAUCUGGUGGAUGUUGAUGAGGCUGCUUUUGAGAACCUGGAGCAGCUCCAAGUGCUAGAGCUGAAUGACAAUAACUUGCAGACCCUCAGCGUGGCUGCCCUGGAAGGUCUUCCAUCUCUUCGGAUUAUACGCCUGGAGGGCAACCCUUGGAUCUGCGACUGUGACUUUGCCAACCUCUUCAGCUGGAUACAGGAGAAUGCAUCCAAGCUUCAGAAAGGUCUCCAUGAAAUCCAGUGUUCCCUGCCUGUGGAAAAUAGAAGAAUCUUUCUGAAUGAAUUAUCUGAUGUCAGCUUCAGUGAAUGCAAAUUUAAUUUAUCAUUAACGGACCUUUUUAUCAUCAUUUUCUCUGGAGUUGCAGUCUCCAUUGCUGCUAUUCUAUCAAGCUUCUUCUUGGCAGCAUUGGUACAUUGCUUCCAAAGAUGUGCUCCUAAUAAAGAGGGUGAGGAUGAAGACGACGAAGAAAGUGAGGGCUGAACAUUGUCUAUGUUCUCUUUAUGUUAAAAAUGGGAAAAUAAAAGAAAUAAGAAGAAAUGGAAGCGCUUUAAAUAUGUGAACUAAAUCCAACAAAUUAAUAAUGGCCCAACCAAAUCUCACUGAAGUCAAUGGUGGAAAGCGCAAUGCACCUCUGAGAACAUUGCAGCUGGACUUCUCUUUCUAACCAAGAGACCGUGAAACUGGACAUUUCUGUGAUGUUUACUCAGACUUUGCAUUCAAAGUCGAAGGGAAGAGGACAUGGAAAGGAUGUGUAGAGAAGUCCUGUGUUUUAAGAAAAACUAACUUCUGACAGCCUUUAGUUUGCCUUCUUGAAUGGCUAUAAGUGCUUACUAGUUGGUUGUAACUACACUCCAGAAAGGAUCUGCUUUAUUGCAGGGCUUUGAGUUGGAAAUACAAAAGCAAUCAUAUAUCUUCCUCACUAGGACUAGGUAAAAGGGAGAUUCUGGUAAACGCUUCAACUUGCAGCAUGACAAAGUUCAGUCAAAAUAGUCCAUAGAUCUUGACAGAGUAGUAACAGAAGGCUAGCAUUUUCUUGAUAUAAAUAUCCACCCUUCAGCCAAUGACACUGAUUUUGGGCUUCACUAAAGCAAAGAAAUGUUUUACGUAAGCCAAUAUUGUUCUAGGUCUUAACAGCAAAGGGAACCUCUCUCAAUCACUGGCUGCUGAAAAGCAGCUACCUACCCAGUACAUUUGGCCAUGUACAAAUACAAAUGAUAACUUUCUUCUGUGUUGUUAGAUGCAAUGAGGCAAAGACAAUCCUUGUUUAAUAACGCUGGAUCUCAGUAUCUUUAUUCUACCAUAUCAUUCAAGCCCCAGCACAAUGCUGGCUUUCAUUACUCACCUGAAUAACUUGACUACUAUAAACAGGGGGUCACUCCAACUAGAAUUGCGACUGGAAUAGUAAUGCAUUGAAAUACUCUGGUGCUUUCAUUCUGCUUCUGCGUAACCAGAAUUUUGUGAUACCCAUGUUCAUUACAAAGAGACAUGGCAAAACCUGGGAAUUGAACAGCCCCAAACAUGGAGAGCUGCUUUGCAUUUCAAAAAUCGGUCCCUUCUCCUGAGCUAAGAUGCCCCAGUCUCUAUGGAGUUGGCAAUCUGGGUUGAUCAGAGUCUGAAUUAUGGAGCUCAAUGCAUGCCUCAUUAUAAGUGGGUUUGAAGUAUGAGUAUAAGCAUGUCCCAUUAGGAAAUACAAAAAGAGCAAUUAAAAUAUUCAUACUUAAUACUGUGGUUUGCUUUCAGAAAGUAGAGGAGGAAAAAUAGGAUCUGUCUUGAAUACACACAUUAUUAAUUUGCCCUUGAAUAUAUACAUUAUUGGAGAUGAAGCCAAGUGUAAAAUUUUCUCUGGAUCAUUUUUCAGUCUAAAAUCCAUGAGUCGGGAUGUGCUGAAGCCUUAUUCACGUCGGUAGAAUUUAAUGAUAUGCUUUAAGAUAAGCGCCUGCUUACCUACUGCCCUGAAUAAGAUUGCUUUGAUGAAUAGGGGCAAAAAUAUACUCAUAUCUGGGGUUUCUCUUGUCCAUCCGUAUUACAAAGCAAUGAUCCUAACAGCCUUUUCACUGAAUAUAGGAUCAAAUUAUGUUUCUGUAAAGCAGAGAUUGCCAUGGAGUUUGUUCAGCCAAAGGGGUUCACAUUUAUCAAAGGAUAUACUUUAAAUAAUUUGUUCUCUGAAUAAUUAGCAUUAAAUAAAUUAUGAAAAAAAUGCCUUACGUGGAUCCGGGGUUAGAUAUGAGGAGAGCUUUCCCACUGUGGCAAGAUAACAUAAUCAAUUAUGAGUACUGGCCAACAAGAUCCUUCAAGCUGAUCCAUGUGGGCCCCUCCUCGUUGACUUCACCCAGGCUUAAAGACUUACCUGCAGAAUCAGGUAUGAAUCAUUUUGAAAUACUAAGGGCUAUAUUCUACUCAAUUACUGUGGUAUAAAUCCAGAGUGAUGACAAUUGAGGUCAGUGGUGUUCUCUUAAUGAACAGCAAUGAAGCAAGAGUAGAAUCUGGCCCUCAAAUCUUACAAUUCUGGCUGUACUGUAGUUCUUGUCAAAACUUGAUUUCAUCUACAGGAGGAUAGACAUUUUUGUUAAAAAAAAAUGAAAAUGAACAUUUGUUACAAGAGCUUUUUGGAAUAGUGCCGGACAGCUUUUUAGGACAAGUUUAUUUUUAACAAAUUUGUAAAGGAAAUAUUUUUUUAAAAAACAUACAUAUUGAAAAUAAUAUUUAGAAAAGCCACGAAGGCUGAAAAUAAUAAUAAAUAAACAAGAAAAACCCAGGCUAAAGACUAUAUUCUAUUUCAGAACAAUCAGAUCUGACAAAAAGUAGCGUCUGUUUAACUGCUGUAAAAUUGGUAUUAUUUCUAUAAAGCUUUUCCUUUUCCUUUUGUUUUCUAUGUUUUUGCCUUGUACAGUUAAUGUGAACUGACUUGUAUGGCAAUCACCCCAAACCUUUUGUAUCUAAAUAGUGUGCUAGUGCUCACAUAAAUGGAACUGGAAUUGUAUUGGCCUAUUAGAGGGGUAGCAUGGUCUAGUGGAUAGGGUGCAAGAUUAGGACUCAUUCUUAGCUGGUGACCAGCUGUGUGACCUUUGGCAAGUCACUUCACCUCUCUGCGCCACAGUUUCCUUGUCUGUAAAAUGGGGAUCCCAAUAUUUAGUUGCCUUCUUAAAAGUGCUUUGAGAUCUAUGGGUGAAACCCAUUGUAUUGGGGUCAUGUAUUCUCAUCACAUAAGGUAGGCUGGGGCACAAAAUAUACAAUAGAUCUCAUAUCGAUCUCACAUCAGUCUAACUCCAUUGAUGUCAGAGGACGGACUCCUCAUUUACACCAGGCUGAGAUCAAAACCAGGCGCAGUGUAUUUCACUCCUUCUUAUCUUUCCAGCUUUUUCAACUUGUUGUGAUGCUACAGCCAGUCAGAAGAUUUUUUUUUUCUAGAAAUACAUUGCAACAAAAUUAGGCAGUACAGGAGAAGGAUAUGCGACAUCUGUACUGGCUUAUUCUAUUCUUGUUCUUUUAAGAAAAUGAAUUGACAUGAUUUUCAAUAUGUAGUGCCAUGAUUACAAAUAACACCAAUAUAUUUCUAUUA